ACCGCUGUGCAUAAUUCACCUUCACGGCCUUCACCAUGUUCUCGACCAAGGCUGUGCGUGUCGCCCACCGAGCCUCCUGCGCCGCCGCCAUCUCCUCCGCCUCGAGCUCCUCCACCUCCGCUCACCGAAGCCCGCCGUGUGUCGCUACUCGCCGCUCGCAUCAGCGUCGACACUCCAGCAGCAAGGCCUCGUCGUGUCCACCUGAGAGCAACCCCAACGACACCAAGCCGGCACCCGCGACCAAAGCAUCCGCAGAGCUCGCGGGAUCCGAUCCACAGAACAAAGCCUCCAAACGCAUUAACAAGACCAAGAGAUCACGCGCUGCAGCGGAUGUUGGCAAGCUUGGAGAUCAAUUCGCUGGCCUUCCAGCGGUGCCGGGAACGCAACAUUUGAACUCUACUGAUCUCUCAGUAUCGUCCUUCUUCUCGCUCCACAGACCGCUAUCCCUCUCGACCACGAUACCGCCUCCAUCUCGCGCGAGUGCAUUUGACAACAUUUUUGAAACGACGAGAGAAGUGGAUCCAUGGGGAAAUGGCAACUCGGCGGAGGGUCGUCCGGAGGAUGUCACGUACGCUCUCAAGGGCUUGUUCGAGAACCUCGAUCUGGGAUCGAAUAGUGCACAAGACGAUGCCAUGCGGUUCGAGAUCUUACAGGAGAGUCAGAGCAAUCAAGAUGGCGUGAGGCAUCUCGAUGGAGCACCGAGAUUGAAGAGCGUGGAUGAGAUUGUU